AUGCCAGAGAUUAACUCCUCCUCCUCCACCCCUGCGGUACUGCCGGGGGAAGCAGUCGCCACCCAGCACAGACCACUUGUCUGUAAGCUUAGACUAGCAGCGUCGAGGCAGGUACCGCAGUAUAGAGGAGAAAGGAAGAUCAGGUGGUGGAAAUUGAAGGAAGUGAAAUGUAGAGACGAGUUUGUGAAUAAAGUUUUGAAGGAAGUUGAUGGCAAAGAAGUGACAUGGAAUGCGUUGAGCGAGGUGAUGAGGACAGUUUCGAAGGAUGUACUCAGGGUAACAUCAGGGAAACCGCCCAAGGCAGACAAAGACGCAUGGUGGUGGACUGAGGAAGUCCAGGAAGCGGUGAAUGCUAAGAGACAGCUGAAGAAGAUCCGUGAUCAGUUGCAGACUGACGAAGCUGCCAUAGAUUACAGGGAGGCGUGUAAGAGAUCAGAGAGAAGGGACAAGAACUCAGCAGAUGUGAGGCAGAUCAAGGUGAUUAAGGAUGAGGAUGGCCGGACCCUCACUGAUGAUGCGGAGAUUAAGGAGCGGUGGAGGGCAUACUUCAGGAAACUGUUAAAUGAGGAAAAUCCCAGAGAAGAAAGAGUUGACCACCGGGAAAUGAGGGGAUAG